AUGUCUAGCCCCGCCAAAAAGCGCAAGAGGGAUGUCCACGUCCAACCCACUCGCAGCAUAGCAUCAUUCUUCCAGGGCCAAGCGGCAAAAAAGGCUGAGAAACCGGAGCCAGCCUCUUCCUCGGAAGACACCAAACAUAGCCUGUCCGACGAAGCUCUUGCUCGGAAGCUUCAAGCUGAAUGGAACAACGAAGAAACCGCCGCAACCCCCGAGACCGUGCCUCCAUCCGAACCGACCGCUGAAUCUCCGUCUCCAGAGGAUAAUCGAGAACAAAACAAGGCGAAGGCGAAGGGUGUGCUUUCACUGCAAUCUUCUUCUGGUACAGAAGACCCGACAUCUCUCUCUGUCCCUUUCGACCAAAGUCCUCUGGUAUUCGAUUCCUUGAAGUAUGCUCGGGAGUUGAAAGCACAUUGGUCGAUAGAGGGCGGCAACGCUUCGUACGCCCUCCUUACUAGAGCCUUCAUUCUCGCAAACGCAACUACAAGCCGCAUAAAGAUCGUUGAUAUCUUAGUCAACUUCCUUCGUGUUCUCAUUGAAGGAGAUCCGUCCAGCGUGCUUCCCGCAGUAUGGCUCGCAACAAACUCCAUAUCGCCGCCUUAUCACGAACUCGAGCUCGGUCUUGGCGGGUCCUCCAUAUCGAAAGCUUUCAAGAAGAUAUACGGCUUAAACAGCCAGGGCCUCAAGUCUUUGUACGAUAAGCUUGGGGAUGCCGGUGAUGUGGCCUUCGAGGCGAAAAAAAGGCAGAGCUUCACCUUAGUCAAGCCCAGACCAUUGAGUAUAAAAGGUGUCUAUCAAUCUCUUACAAAAAUUGCCAUGAGCAAAGGCAGCGGAAGCCAGGAAAAUAAACAACGUAUCGUUGAGAAGCUACUGCAAGACACUCGAGGAGCGGAAGAAAGUCGAUACAUUGUCAGGACCCUCGUUCAGAAUCUACGCAUUGGCGCCGUGAAGACGACAAUGCUCAUCGCGCUCGCAAGGGCCUUCUUACUCUCCAAACCCGAAGGUGCAGGCUUCGUUGUUUAUUCCCAGGGAUAUUUAACAGGUCUCAGGAAAGACGAACUCACAGAUACAUACGGAAACGCAGAGGAGCUGGUCAAAGCUUCCUAUGCUAGACACCCAAGCUACAACGACCUUGUUCCCUGUCUGCUUGAAAUCGGAGUCACUGAGGAACUUCUCAUCCGGUGUGGACUACAGCUCCAUGUCCCGCUUAUGCCAAUGUUAGGUAGUAUUACUCGAGACCUCUCGGAGAUGUUGACCAAACUUCAAGGGCGAGAUUUUACCUGCGAGUUCAAAUACGAUGGUCAACGUGCCCAAGUGCAUUGUGAUGAAACAGGCGAAGUCUCGAUAUUUUCACGACAUUUGGAGCAGAUGACGGAAAAAUAUCCUGAUCUUGUGUCUCUUGUACCGCAAAUACGCGGAGAGGGUGUUUCCAGCUUCAUUUUAGAAGGCGAAGUGGUUGCCGUAGAUGGCGAUGGGGAGCUUCAGGCCUUCCAGGUUCUCACCAAUCGAGCGAAGAAGAACGUUGAAGUAGGUGCCAUCAAGAUAAAUGUGUGCCUUUUUGCGUUCGAUUUGAUGUAUUUGAAUGGCACACCUCUCCUGGACCGGCCAUUGCGUGAGCGAAGGGGGCUGCUACGAAGCCUCUUCGUGGAGAUUGCGAACCGAUUUACCUGGGUCAAAAGCCUUGAUGCCACGUCAGCGGACUCUGAAGCGGUUUUGGAAUUUUUCAAGGGAGCGACUGAGAACAAGUGCGAGGGUAUAAUGGUCAAGGUCUUGGACAAUGCACCUGCCACGAAUGGUCCAGUACUGUUGCCGACCAAUCCCAAUGCUUCUGACACGUCCGACAUGCCAAACACGCCCGCGGAAGCCAGCAGCAUCAAACCAUCAAAGCGCGGCCGUCGAAAGGCGUUAUUGUCCUCGUAUGAGCCGGACAAACGGCUGGAGUCCUGGCUUAAAGUGAAGAAGGAUUACAGUGCCUCAUCAGAGACAUUGGACCUAAUUCCCGUGGCUGCGUGGCAUGGUAAUGGCCGAAAAGCCAAAUGGUGGUCCCCUAUUCUCCUCGCGGUCCGCAACCCUGAAACCGGAAGUUUAGAAGCCGUGACAAAGUGCAUGUCCGGCUUUAGUGAUAAAUUCUACCAGGCGAACAAGGACAAAUAUGAAGAGGGGACCCCAAAUGUGAUAUCCCGACCAAGCUAUGUUGAGUAUAACAGUGAGCCGGACGUGUGGUUUGAACCACAGGAGGUAUGGGAAAUAGCAUUCGCAGAUAUCACCCUCAGCCCGACCUAUCCCGCUGCUAUUGGUUUGGUGAGCGAUGAACGGGGCCUUAGCCUCCGGUUUCCCCGUUUCUUAAAAGUCCGGGAGGACAAAUCCAUCGAUGAGGCCUCUACGUCAGACUAUCUUGCACUACUGUAUAGGAAGCAGUCGGAUCGUGCAAAGGCUGAGGAGACUGCAAACGCAGAUCAAAUUGCGGAUUUGGAUGACCAGAACCCAUAA